UUUACUCUGAUUUACAGAAGUAUUUGCGUCACUAAUCGUGAACUGUUGUUCUGCUUAGGCUUCCCAAUUUAUAACCAAUCAAUUUGCUGAGAAAUACAGCCGAUAUUUAUGGAGAAAUUCUCUGUAGGACUAAAUUAUACUUAAGACGGAUUCGCAACAAGUUGUGACGGGUUGCGUAUCGAAUUAAGACAGCUCUGGGAUAUUGUAAUGAAGACGUGGCGGUUAGGAUAAAAGUGGUUUAUUGAGUGAAUGAAACUUAGUUGUUAAUUGACUGUGAAGGCGAUUAAUACUUUAUUUUUGUGUGAUUUUUGCUGUAAAUAUUUUAAUAAAACCUAUAUCGCUACAAUUAGGACGUUGGUGUAAAUUAAAAUAUAUAUCUGGAUAAUUAUGUUCUCGAUUGUUAUGUUUUAGAGUGUUUUUGUUGGCAUUAUGACGGAGUGUCAGGUGUAUUUACAUGUGGAGCCACCGGACAGCUGUGGAUUCUUUUGUGAUAAUUUAUAUGCCGACGAUGGCGCAGUUAUGCGGCGGCAUAGCAUGCCACCAAGUCCGUUUAGACUAUCACUAUCCUCAAAUGACAUUCGGAACCCAGAGGUUCUUCGUCGGGUCCGUUCAUUUAAAACAACCACAAAAGGUGUGGUAAAUAGCGGAGACAUUAUGCGUAAGCGUGGAUCUAUGAGCUUGACUCCGACGUCUGGACUGACCGUGACUUCGUCGGACAUAGAUUUGUCUGUGACAAAGCCACCGGGACUGGGCAGAGCCCGUUUGCCAAGUACGACAUCACAAGGAAGUAGUGCAGAGUAUAGUUUUGCGUCGUCCGGGGCACCUUCAUAUUAUAGAGUUCUGGUGCUCGGUUCGUCGGGUGUCGGGAAAUCAGCGCUCAUCAAUCAGUUUAUGUCGUCAGAAAAUAAUGGAACAGACGAUCUGUCCGGUUUAGACAACACUGUUUCCGUCAUGCUGGAUGACGAAGAAUCUUUGCUGGAGUUCUGCAACUACCCGGAUGAACAGUUUCCGGAGGAGGAUAUAAACGUGGAUGCUUACGUUGUCGUAUUUUCUAUAACGGACAAAUCAACGUACCAGUACGCUACACAACUAUUGAAAUAUCUGAGAAACGAUUUGGGUACUGACAGAAGCAUUUUUGUGGUGGCAAAUAAGACUGAUUUGGUCCGAAAAAGAACCGUGGAACGAAAUGAGGCACGUCUGACGGCUUCUUUUCACAACUGUAAAUAUGUCGAGACGUCGGCGUCGCUCAACCACCAUGUGGACAAUCUUCUCGUCGGCAUUCUUAGUCAAAUAAGGCUCAAAUUAGACCCUGAAAAGUUGUUACAACAGGUAGAACAAUCAGGGGAACGGAGAGCAAAAAAUAGACAUAGUUCACUUAAAUCUGCGAAAGGGAUUCUAAACAAACUGUUCAGCAGGCAAAAGUCAUUAUCAUGUGACCAUUUAUACGAUCUCUGAUCGCAAACUCAUCACAUAACGUCACAAAAUAAUAUGUUUACAGAUGAAACUCGGUACCUCGGACUUCAAGGGACCAAGCUUCGAGAUAACUGAAAUUUGACAUCUUAAAAUGAUGUUUUGUGCACGUGUUUUCGGGAGUUGACUUGAAAAAGUCUUCGAGAUAACAGGAUUUGCGAGUGUUCGAGAUAUCGAGUUUCAACUGUAUUUAUUGUUGUUUUCAAAGAAUUGUUAUAUUCAGAGAAUGUAAAUAUUAUGGUAAAAAAAAACUAGUUUGUGUAUCUGUCAUUUAGAUUCGAUAAAUUGAAAACAGAUACAAUACCACAAGGACAGCCUAAUUGUAUUAAGAAACCAUAAUUUUUCAAAAUAUCGUCUUCGCGAUUGCAUUAUUUUCGAGCCAAGAAAAUUGGCUAACACUUGAAGCAGGAGUAAAAUUUACUUUUAUUUUGCUUUUUUCGAAUGAAAUUUUAAAGUUAAAUCCGGUUUUGACGUUUAAUACAUUAAUUUUAUUGCUGAAUAAAUUUUAGGAAUUGUUACCAACUUUAAUCGAUACAUAUCUCUGUAUUCUAUAUUUCAUAUUAAAGUACAUCCGUCGAUUAUGCUGGUGACAUUGUUUGAAAUAAAGCCACGAGGACGAUCUACUUAAUUUGCUUAGUUAAAUAUGUCCGUAGAAUGUUUCAAUUAUACUCCAUUUGAACAAAUAAGGAUAGAAGGAUUAUAGGAGACACAAUUAGAAACAUUGUACUAAUCUCAUCUUCAUCUCUGAUAUCGUUCUAUUUCAUUGAGUAUUCUUCAGUAGGAUAUUAUUCUAAACCACGACAAUUCAUAGCACGUAAAUCUCGGCAAUUCAUAGCACGUAAAUCUCGGCAAUUCAUAGCACGUAAAUCUUGGCAACUCAUAGCACAAAAGAGGGGUAUCUAAUUCGCUGUAAUAAAAAUUCAAAUAAUUGCUUAAUGAACGUCAAAGGCAAAGGGACCUGAGCUGAGUGACGUAAUGACUUUAAAAGAAAACCAAUGAAGGGAACAUGCUUAAGUACAACUAAAAAUAUCGUAAGAAACAUCAAAGCUCUAAUUAACGUUCAUUCAUUCAUUAAUCAAGGUGUAGGAGUCACUAUUAUUUUGUUUUGAAAUGACAAAAAAAGUUGCGUGUCUAGAUCUAGAGACUGAUAAUGGCAUAGGUUGCCUAGCAUGAACUUAAACUCGUUCACAUGGGAACUGUUUGUAAGAGUCGUUCUUGUAAGUCGAUGCGUAAAUUAUACUUUCGUCAAGUCGACAUGCCAAAAUGUUUAAAGGUACUAACCACAGUUAGGGUGAAAUAUUGCAGCAUGUACAUUUCCACAAGGAUUGCAACAGGGUGUAUAUAUAUGACACUGAAAUAUGAUGAGAGUGAAAAAAGUGUUUAAUAAUGGUAGAAAACAUGCAGAAUGUUGAUUUCCUCCAUUAUUUUAAAAAUGUCACAACGGUUUUCUGCGUGCUGUGCACUAUAUUUUGGUUAUUUAUUAGGAUAUGUUGCAAAAUUCUCUUAUGUCAAAAAGUACCAAUGGUCAUUUUCACACCACCAACAUUUUAUCGAAUUUUGAAAAGAAAAAUUUCGCCUAAAAAUGUGUGAAAAUGCCGCUUUAAGGUGCUUUUCAAAACAACAUACCAUUAACUUAUUUUCGAUUACUUUUUGGGUUAUAUUUCUACACUUGUAAUGCUACAUAAAUGUCUAAACAUUUUGAAAAUAUAUAGUAUAUAACGUCCGAGUAAAAAGAAGCAUGUAUAUAUCAUGUGAACGAGGAGCAGUUUCAAACUCGAUUUCAGACUGCUUUCUUUCUUGUAUUUCUGAGAAAAUAUGUAUUAGUUGUUCAGGGUAAUUUAAUUCAGAAAUAUUAUUUACUGAAAUUUAUUUUUGAUUUUAAGUAUUUAAGUAUAAAUGAUACAUGCAUUGACUUCUUUAAAUGUGUCAUUGAAAUUUGAUUUAUAUCUUAGUUAUAACCUGUUGUAAAUAUCAGGUUAUGCAUUAAGUAACGCGGUUUCUUCUUUACAAAUGAUUGAAAAUUUAUACAAUGGAUUUUAUUUUGUCUAUGGGGCCACAAUUUUGUUUCCUUGUUAAACAUACAUGCUAUACAUAAAUCAUGGGAUUUUUUAUAGUAACUUGAAAUGUUUGUAAAUAAAUGUUGCAAACUUGUAAUGAAUAAAAUUCACAAAUAUGUUU